UAUAUAUAUAUACAUACAUAUAUAUGUGUAUAUAUAUAUACAUAGUGGACCCUUUGGAAAGCUGUCGAAAAUUUUGUCAACGCUUUUGUUUGUUUGCAUGAAGUGAGCCCACUUAGGGUUUUUUUGGCCUACUGAUUGACAUCAUUAUACCAUGGAGAAAGAAGGAAACUAUUCGGGUAAUAAUUUUGGUGGACUUGAUUAUAAUUCCAUGGAAGUUCAUCAACCAACAAACCAAAUAGUGGAUUACAUGCUCAACAAUAAUCCACCACUAAUAAACCAGCAACCGCCGCCGCCGCCGCCAAACUUCCCCGGCGGCUCAAACUCGUUCGACAAGUUGAGCUUCGCAGACGUGAUGCAGUUUGCGGAUUUUGGGCCCAAAUUGGGCUUACUAAACCAAUCAAAAGCUACCGAAGAAUUAGAAAACGGGCUCGAUCCCGUUUACUUCCUCAAGUUCCCGGUUUUGAACGACGACCGUCACAAGUUGCAAGAUGACGAUCGCAAUCAAGAAUUGAGGGACGAUGUAAAAGUGGGCGACGAUGACGAUGGUGGUGAAAAUGAGAUUAGGUUUGAGGAGAAUAUUCCGAUUAAUAAUAAUAAUAAUAAUUCGAUGAGGUUUCUAAUUGGCGAAAAUAAUAUCGAGAAGAGCCCACUAAUUAUUACGGAAGGUAAUAAGAGCAAGAGAAAGAGGCCGCGGAGUACGAAGACUAGCGAAGAAGUCGAGAGCCAACGGAUGACUCACAUUGCAGUCGAGAGGAAUCGGAGGAAGCAAAUGAACGAGCAUCUUCGAGUAUUGCGGUCUCUCAUGCCUAGAAUGGUUGGGAGGAUUGUGUGGGAUAAUUUGGUUAAUUACAUUACCACCCCUUGGAAGCACCCAUUGAAUAAGGAUAACGGCAAGGGGCCAAUCGACGGGGCAAACGAUUACUAG